AACGAUUUAAAUUGAAACGAAACAAUGAGACCUCUGGUGCUUCCUUUCAGUUUAAAAACGGCCCUCGCCGACAGCAGACCUAUAUUUUGUGUAGAAAGUUGCGACACAACGCGCACAGCCGCCAGUAAUUAGUUAAUUAAUUUAUCUCUCCAACUUUAGUCUAAACCCAAAAUGAGAACACAAAUUCCAGCUGUUCUCUUCUGUUUACCACUACUGUUACAUAUUCCUCAGCUUUGCGAUGCACGCGUUGCCACACCACCACAAGAGAUAAUGGCGCCACAGCCGGAAGUGAGUGGUAUUUUGUAUGAGAAGACUAUGCCAGCAGAUCGUCUGUACGACGAGCCGAACAUAUUAAAAUACGCACAGCAACGUGAAAAAAUGAUCGAAGCCGAGCAAUUGCUACUCACCGGUGGUCAUUUGCAACUCGAUGAAAACGAGUUACAGGUGCAUCAGAUAUUCAUGCGUCACAAAUUGAUGGAACUCACCCAUGGCAUGAAAAAUCCGCAGGAACAUGCGCCAGCAUUGCACUUCUUCAAAGCCAAACCGCUCAUCGAACAGAGUAACGUAUUCAAAUUCAUACAGGCCAUGCCGAAAGGUGCCAUUUUGCAUGUACAUCGCACACCGGCGGUCUCCAUCGAUUGGCUGGUGAAGAAUCUCACUUACACACCCGGUCUGCUGAAAUGUCACACGGCGAGUGGUAAUAUUGUGCUCAGUUUUCGUGAGAAUGCUAAGAAGCACGAAUGUCGUACGAAUUAUUAUGAUGUAAUGGGGGAGCGUGAUCGUACAUUGUCCAAGGCGCGCUAUGAUAAAUUUCUGCAGUCCAAGUUAAGCAUGUAUUCACGACUGCCGGAACUUGAGUACAGUGAACAGAAUAAGGUGUGGCGACGUUUCGAAAAGAUAUUCGACACUGUGAGUGAUACCAUCGGGUAUGAGCCAGUUUUUCGUACAUUCCACUGGCAGUUGAUGGAGGAAAUGUACGAGGAUAAUAUAAUGUACGCAGAGUUGCGUAUGAAAUUUAAGGAGCUCUAUGGCGUCGACGGCGCCACGGUAGCAAAUGAGUAUGAAGCAGUCGAGUUGCUUAUGUCAUUAAUAGAAGAAUUUAAACAAUCACAUCCUGGUUUCUUGGGUUUGAAAAUAAUUUAUUCGGCGCAUCGCGGUGCAGACGAAGUUAAAAUAUUCAAAGCCUUCCAAACAUUCAAAGACUUCCAUGCACGUUAUCCAAAUUUCAUUAUUGGUUUCGAUCUGAUAGGACAGGAGGAUCAGGGUAAUUCCUUGCAAACAUUUGUGUCUGUGCUACAGGAACUACCGCAAAGCGCGAAGUAUUUCUUUCAUGCGGGCGAGACAAAUUGGUUCGGCACAUCGGUGGAUUUGAAUUUGGUCGAUGCCAUACUGCUCAACACCACACGCAUCGGACAUGGUUACUCACUCAUGAAGCAUCCGCUACUCAGUAAGGCUGUUAAAGAGCGUGAUAUUGCGCUGGAAGUUAGUCCGCUGUCGAAUCAGGUUUUGAAUUUAGUUUGGGAUUUACGCAAUCAUCCUGGUGGUUACUUUAUGUCCGAUAAUAUACCAAUGGUGAUCUCAAAUGAUGAUCCAGGCUUUUGGCAUGCAAAAGGUUUGAGCUAUGACUUCUACUAUGCGAUUAUGAGUUUUGCGCCGAGCAAUGCGGGUUUGAAGACAUUGAAAAGUUUGGUAUGGAACUCGAUAAAAUAUUCAGCGAUGAGUGAUGCAGAGAAAGAGGCGGCGUAUGCACAGUUGCAGUAUGAUUGGAAUGUCUUCUUGGAGCGUGUUAUACGUGGUGAAAUUGUGUGAAAUAGUUAUAAACAUAAUAUAUUUAUAUAUACACAUUUUGUUUACUGGAAUAAAUUAUAGCACAUGCA